AUGCACCAGCAACACACAGCCACAUAGCAACAUGAAGAAUAUAUGAUUUAGAAACUGUAAUAAAUGGAGAAACACAUAUAUCAAUUGGAAUCUUAACUUGGUGUUGCCAACCAAGAGAUUUCUAAUCUUAAAUAAUAGAAGACGCAAUUAUAACACUAGUUAAAUGAUAUACAAAUUAAUUCGGUAGGACAAGAGUUUGCCGAAGCCAUCAGUAAAUCCUCAGUUGAGCGAGUAUUGUAAAGAAAGGAAAAAGGAGUGAAUAAAGUAAAGAAGCAGCCUGGAACAUUGAAGUUGGAUCUCCUUAAUUAGAUAUUUACAGAAUAUCCAAACUUAGUUAGACCUAUAAUCCAUAUAAAGUUAACAGAUGAGGACUUUAAUUGAAAUCUCUACUAAAUUAAUUACAUAUAUAUAUAUAUAGAUGUUAAAAA